ACACUUUUCGGCCUGGACACUCAAAAUUGUUGUUGACAAAUUUUAUAAGUAAACUUUUUUUCUGCAAAUUUUAAAAUGUUGCGUCUGUUGAAGACCAACGCACUGUUGCGUGCCGAGUGCCGAAUUCUUGUUGUGCGAGCUGUACGGGCCGCCUGCUCGGAGUCGGCGGAGCCCGAGAAGUCGCCUGAUAUCAAACAUACUGGGAUAUUUAUCAACAAUAAGUGGGAGGAUAGCAGUUCGGGGGGCACGUUUUGCACCAUAAACCCAACCACCGAGGAGUCGCUGGGCACAAUUGAACGGGGCAACGAGGCUGACAUCGAUUUAGCCGUGGCAGCGGCCCAGAAGGCGUUCGAAAUGGGCUCGAUCUGGCGUCGCAUGGAUGCCUCGGACAGGGGUCGUCUGCUCAACCGGCUGGCGGAUCUAAUCGAACGUGACCAGGUCCAUCUGGCCAGCCUGGAGACCGUGAACACGGGCAAGCCCUACGCCGUGACCAUCAAAGUGGAUCUGCCGCUGACUAUCAAGAAUCUGCGCUAUUUUGCCGGCUGGGCGGACAAGAUUCAUGGCAAGACGAUACCCGCGGAUGGUAAAUUCUUGUGCUACACACGGCACGAGCCGGUGGGCGUCUGUGGCCAGAUCAUACCCUGGAACUUUCCGCUGCUGAUGCUCGCCUGGAAAUUCGGACCUGCCCUGGCCGCGGGCAAUACAAUUGUACUGAAGCCGGCCGAGCAGACGCCCCUUACGGCUCUGUAUGUUGCCGAACUGGUUAAGGAAGCCGGCUUUCCGCCGGGCGUUGUCAACAUUGUGCCCGGCUAUGGGGAUAUUGGCGCCUAUCUGGCCCGGCAUUGCGGUGUCGACAAGAUCGCCUUUACGGGCUCCACGGAGGUGGGCCAGGAGAUUAAGGUCACGGCGGGUCAAACGAAUCUGAAGCGCGUGACCCUCGAGCUGGGCGGCAAGUCGCCGCUCAUUGUCCUAAAUGAUGCAGACAUGCGAUAUGCCGUGGAGAUGGCCCACUUUGGACUCUUCUUUAACAUGGGCCAGUGCUGCUGUGCCGGCUCACGCACCUUCGUCCAGGACGACAUCUACGACGAGUUUGUGGAGCGCAGCGUGGAACGCGCCAAGAAACGCAAGCUGGGUGACCCCUUCGACGAGGACACCGAGCAGGGUCCACAGAUUAGCGAGAAACAAAUGAACAGGAUCCUCCAACUAAUCGAAACGGGCAAGGAAGAAGGAGCUGAGCUCCUGACCGGCGGAAAGCGAGCAAAUGGUUCAGGCUACUUCGUAGAGCCCACGGUGUUUGCCAACGUCGAGGACAACAUGACCAUUGCCCGCGAGGAGAUCUUCGGACCCGUUCAGCAGAUUUUGCGUUUCAAGGAGCUCGACGAGGUUGUCGAGCGUGCCAACGACUCGGUCUACGGCCUGGCCGCCUCCGUGUUCACCAAGGAUCUGGACAAGGCCAACUACAUUGUGAAUGGCCUGCGCGCCGGCACCGUCUGGGUGAACACCUACAAUGAGCUGGGCGCCCAGACGCCCUUCGGUGGCUACCGAAUGUCCGGACAUGGACGCGAAAACAGCGAGUAUGCGCUCCGCAACUAUACGGAGAUCAAGAGCGUUAUUGUCAGACUGCGGGAGAAGCGCCCCUCCUCCUGCCCCGGUUCAUAGAUUAGAGAUGUUCGUAUUGAUUGAGUUAUUGCGUAUUGAGGCUUUCAGAUAUUGGACAGAUAACGAAAUUUCUUGUAUACAUAUCGCACAGUUUUCCACAGAUGCGAUUUAUAAUUUAUGAAUAAAGUUUUACUUGGUCAUUAUA